AUGGCGCAAAACAGGCACUGGGAGCAGGACAAGGAGGCGACAAUCUACAUCGGCAACAUCGACGAGCGCGCCACGACAGCAACAAUCUACGAGGUCAUGCUGCAGAUGGGUCCCAUCCACAACAUCCACAUGCCGCGUGACCGCGUCACCCAGAACCACCAAGGCUUCGGCUUCGUCGAGUUCCGCACGCCAUCAGACGCCGAGUACGCGGCCAACGUCAUGAACGGCAUCAAGCUGUUCGGCAAGUCGCUGCGCGUGAACAAGGCGUCGGCCGACAAGCAAAAGGGCGCCGACAUUGGCGCCGAGCUCUUCAUCGGCAACCUCGACCCCAUGGUGGACGAGAAACUCCUCUACGACACCUUCUCCCGCUUCGGCCCGCUGCUGAGCCUGCCCAAGGUCGCCAGGGACGACGGCGGCAUGAGCAAGGGCUUCGGCUUCGUCAGCUUCGGCGACUUCGAGAGCAGCGACGCCGCCGUCGCCAACCUCGACGGGCAGUACAUGCUCAGCAAGGAGGUCAGCGUGCAGUACGCCUUCAAGAAGGACGGCAGGGGGGAGCGCCACGGCGACGAGGCCGAGAGAGAGCUGGCCAAGCAGGCCAAGAAGCGCAACAUUGUGCCCGAGGCCCAGGCCCUCCCGGCCUUUGUGACACAGCAAAGCCAGCCGCAGCCGCCGCCGCCGCACCAGCCGCCUUCGCAGCAACAGCAUCAACAGCCGCCGCCGCUGCCACUACCGCCGUCAAAGGGCGGCCAGCAGUCGCCCGUCCCGACCGGCUUUGACCCGGCCAAGAUUCCCCCUCCGCUUGCUGGGCUGCCGGGCCACGCGCUGCCUCCGAUGGCGGCCGCUCAUCACCACGCGCCGCCGCCGCCGCCGCCGCCGCCAAACUUGCACCGCAACUCUCCCUUCGGCGCGGGCCCUCACUCUCAGUCUCGAUCCCCAGCCGCUCUGCCUCCCCCCCCCACAGGGCUCCCAGCUCGGCCGCCACAGAGCCAAAACUACACCAAUCCCGCCGACUUCCACCCCGGCGCGUACCGGCCUCCCUCGGCAUCACCAAAUCCCCCCGGGUACCCAGUGGCCCCCCCUCCAGGCUUCCCAGCCGGGCCCCCAGGGGCGCUGGGACAGCAGGGACCGCCAGGGGCAGGGCCGCCCGGGUUCAUGCCGCCGCCCGGAUUCCAACCUCCUCCCGGCUUCGGGCGUCGUUAG